AUGGCGACUAUCGAUAUCGAUCCCGAUGGUGAUCUCAUUGUCGAGAUCGAAGAACAACGACUUCGAAUCUCCUCGAAAGUCAUCUCUCUGGCAUCCCCGGUGUUUUGUGCAAUGCUCAGGUCAGGUUUCAAAGAAGGAACCUCGCAGGCCACGACGAGUGAUCCCCGCAUCAUCCCUUUGCCGGAGGAUGACCUUGAGGCUUUCAAACUUGUCUGUAGAGUCAUCCAUUUCCAACUUGACCAGAUUCCACAAGAGCUGAAAAUCGACGCCCUCGAGAAACUGGCCUUGGUCUGUGACAAAUAUCAAUGCACCAUCGCAAUGAGACACUGUGCAGCACUAUGGUUACAGAGACUUUCAGACACUUUCCUUGCCGCUGAGCUGAAUAGGCAACUGCUGGUGGCAUACCUCCUGGACCUCCCUACCGCAUUUUCGGAUAUUUCAUGGAGAUUGAUGCAGGCACAAGCCGGGCCAUUUGAAGCAUUGCCAGGUCUGACGGACCACCCUACUGUGCCGUGCUCUCUGCUGGGUUGGUCGAACUGUAACCCAUCUAACAAUCCAGGAGAGUCGAGAUCAAUCGCAAAAUGGAGAGAAUUCUAA